AUGGCGGCGGCUACCGGGGCUCUGUCGGGCCAGACGUAUGAGGAACGGGAGAUAUCUGAGGACGAGUCAGAGGAGGCCGAGGAGAUACUCGGGAUAUCUGCCAGUGAUAUGGAAGACCAAAGAAUUGUGGAUUUCAUCAGAAAUAGCAUGUCGCGUAACUAUUACGCUUCUCGAGAGUGGACCGAUGAGUUCUACACCCUGCAGGCGUACAUUGGUUGUAUAGCUGUGUCUUAUCAGAAUCGCCUCCUUAUGCCAGAGAUGCAAAAGAGAUACUGCAUGCUCGACUUCUCCAACUUACACAUACCCAAGAAGAUUCGCAAAGCCAUUCGGCGCUUAGAUCCUGGCGAGCUUACUUUCCGGGCGACGCGGGAUCCCAGCGGUGCGGCUAUAGAACGCGUUAUCAAAGGUAUCGCGCGGGCGAAUGGGAAGGAUAAUUGGCUCGGGACGAAGUAA